AUGUCUCAUCAGCCAAGUCCCACUCCAGGUGUGACAAAACGCCUGUGUUCGUGGAUCCAUGCCCUAUCCCUGGACGACGUGCCUGAGGCGGUCAAAACCCGAGCCAAGUACUUGAUACUCGAUGGUCUCUGCUGUGCACUAGUCGGAGCUCACCUUCCUUGGGUCGAGAAGGCUGCAAAAGCUGUCUUUGCGAUGGAACCCGAGGGAAACUGUACUGUGUGGGGAUACAAUAAGAAACUCGGCGCACUAGCCGCCACGCUCCUAAAUAGUACCGAGAUUCAGUCCUUCGAGCUUGAUGAUUGGCAUGCGCUAGCUCCAGUUCAUUCUAACUCAAUCUUGCUGCCGCCGCUCCUUGCGGCCGCCGGUCAAAAGAAGGCCAGCACGACAGCCAAGUUUGACGGCAAAUCGCUUCUCCUCUCCACAAUUGUGGGUUAUGAGACGGGCCCACGUGUUGGCCUAUGCCUUUAUGGCGGGCAUAUGCUAACGCGAGGGUGGCACUCUGGCACUACAUUCGGCCACGCAGCCUCGGCAGCCGCAGUGUGCAAGCUGCUGGAGCUUCCAGUGGAUGCUAUUGAGGAUGCGCUGGGCAUGGCUUGUACGCAGGCAUGCGGGCUAAUGUCAGCUCAGUUUGGAAGUGAUGUGAAACGCAUGCAGCACGGAUUCGCUGCGCGAAACGGUCUCUUCGCGGCACUGAUGGCAGAAAGCGGCUACGUCGGGAUUAAGAAUGUUUUUGAGGAACCAUACGGUGGGUUCCUGUCGACCUUUGGGCAGAAUUCGGGUAAGGAGCCGCCAUACCUGGUGGAUGAACUUACCAAGGGUCUGGGAGAGGUCUGGCAGUCCGAUAAUAUCCGGGUCAAAUCGCAUGCCUCCAUGGCAGGUACACAUUGCACCAUUGACACGGUCGCACAACUGCAAAAUGAGUACCCCGACAAACUGUCCAGCUUGGAGAACAUCAGUAGUAUCGGGAUUGAGAUGUCCGAGGCUGCUUUCAAGCACGGCGGAUGGAAGGCACAGCGGCCGCUCUCGGCGCUAGGGGCACAAAUGUCCUGCGCUUAUGUUGCCGCCGUCCAGCUCAUCGACCGUCAGGUCUCACCACAAGAGUUCCACCAUGACUUGCUUGAUAGGGAUCAUUUAUGGGACCUGAUUGACAAAACCGAGUGUUUCCACACGCCAGAAUUGGGCGAGAAAUACGAACAACGCGUCACGAUCGCAUUCAAGGACGGAAGCACGGUCGCAAAAACUUUGGCUGCACCGUGGGACGUCAACCCUGGGUUAUCGAAUGAAGAGAUCCUGGAGAAGUUCAGGCGAUUCACGGACGGAAUUGUGGAAGCUCAGAGGCGAGACGCGAUUGAGAGGCUGGUGUUGGGUCUCGAAAAGGUCGAGGACAUCACGGUUCUAGAAGAGCUACUGGCUAGACCCACUAGAAACCCGAUAGAUUAG